AUGUCCGAGGCAGAAGCGAGCGCAACUCGCUCGGAAGUAGAAGUCCCAAAGGAAAACGAAGAUGAUCCUACUUGCCCUAUAUGCUUAUGCCCAUUUGAAAAUAAAUCCUACUUGGAGAAAUGUUUUCGUAUCCUUAAUGAAAUAGAUACUUUCUGCUUUUAUUGUAUCUUACAAUGGUCUGAAGUUGUACAAACGUGUCCUCUGUGCAAAUCGGAGUUUACGACUAUCAUCCAUACGGUAAAGUCGGACAAAGAUUAUCAAAUGUAUCAACUCUCGCAAUCGGAUAAAAAGAAAGAAGAGGUCAUUGACGAUGGAGCUUUCCGUUUAGACAACAGAUUUCGCUAUAGGACCACUAUGACAUCAGGUCGGCCCGUGCGACACCAACAAUCUAGUUCCAGCCGCACUUCAGGUGUCAAUGGCAAUGCUUCCUCCUCUAGAUACUCUCAGUGGGGUUCUACGUCAACGAGAAGGAAACCAAUUUAUCUAAGAUCAUUGGAGAGAAGAAAGGCAAUUUAUGCCGCGUCCUUAUGGGUAAAGGGAGUGGCUAGUAAUGGUAAAACCAAAUAUAGAGAUAUUUCACCUGAAUUCUUUAGAAGGAAUCCUGCUUGCACUCACCGCCUUAUUCCUUGGAUUAGUCGCGAAUUAAACGUCGUCCUUGGGAAUAGUGGGGAUGCUGCCUUUAUUCGACAGCUAAUUUUAUCUAUUAUAUAUAAAGUCGAUAUACUAUCAGAUGAAUUUCGUGAACAGUUAUCACAUUUCCUAUAUGAGAAAACGAAUCAUUUUUUACACGAAUUUGUGAAUUUUGCAAGGUCGCCGUAUGAUAUGUUCACGUAUGAUAAGAUUGCGCGGUAUGAUUACGUUGCCCCUGAAAAUUAUGAAAAUCCAAGGCGAGAGGAAAGCGAAAGUCAUACUGAAGAUAAUCAAGAGCAAUCUUCGCAAAGGCUACAGAUGGCUGCUUUGAGUCGUACAGAAUUAGAUGAUUCACCAAUAAUCAAUCAUAGCGAAACAUCGUCGGAUCAAGCCAGUAAUAGCUCCAGUGAAGAUCAUACAAGAAAUCAAACUACUAGAUCUAUCGACUCUGGUAGCCAAAUGAUAUCGGCAGGAAGGCAUAGCGUCGAUCGAAGAGCUCAAUUAGAAACUGUAGGCAAUAACAGUUUCGAUCAACGAGUUUCCUCACCAUCGGCUUCAAAAGAACGUGGAAGAAAUAAAAAAAAACGUAGAAAACACCGCCAUCACCAUAAGAGUAGGCACCGAAGAAAACACAACAAUAUAGCGGAAAUGAGUACAUCAGAUAUUGAAGCCGAACUCCAACGAUUAGAUGAAGAUAUUAAAUCCAAAAAGAGUCAACUUUUACAAGUGAUGUUAAAUAUUGAAAGUCUUUCAAAUAAAUAG